AUGAUUGUAUUCAUCAGAUUUCUGGGGGUCAUCGCCGGUGGGCUGUGCUCAGCUUUGCUGCUACGUGCAUGCUUUGUUGAGGAGAACGAAAAGGCGCCUGGAGAGACCGGAGAAGAGCCCGGGGAGAAAGAGAGCGAAAAAUUGGCUCUGGUGGGCGGGGGUGAUUUGGAGCCCGGUGAAGAUGACCGAGCAGUCACGGAUUCAGUCGGUGGGAAUGCAAGCGGCUCCGAAGCGGAUGCUUCCGAAGAGAGGAAGGCUGGGAACGAGUCAUAUUCCAACAGAGAGGAUCUUGGAUCCGGUUCUGAAGCGGACGUAAUUUCACAAGACAGCAAAGUUGGAACAAAACCAGAGUCGCCCAGGAAGGAGCUUGGAUCCGAAGAGGAAGACUCGGACUGCGAGACAGGCCCCUGUGAAGAGAGCAUUGCGCAGACGACUCUAGCGCCACCUGAACGCGGCGGCAGUUCUCAGGGUGCUCGAGAGUGCGAGCCCGGUACGAGUCCCCGAGCAGAUGCGAAGCCUCAGAAUGGCGGUGUCAAGCGCAACUCUGAGAUUCUGAGGGAGCUGGGCCGGAAGAUUGGUUCGGGGGACUUCACUGGGGAUGCGGAUCUGAGCGCUGUUUUGAACACCGGGAAGCAGAUGCACCCAGCAGCUUCCGCGCCAGUCAGCGUCCCCUCGAGCGGAACGGCCCGCCAGAACGCGCACGCAACAGAAAAGCGGACCGCGCAGAAGCAGUCAACCUGGUUCGGGGGGUUCUUCCCGUCCAGUGUGAAAGCCCCCCCAAAGUGCAGUGCCAAGAGUGGAGAGCUCGGCAGCGGAAGCAUUUACACCGGGCCCGAAGAAGACUGGGAGACGGUCGGGUAUCGGAACGUUCCGGCGGAAGGAUGCGGCGCUCCGGCGGAACACAUGCUGGCGUCCAUGAUUGUGAUUGGGGAGGAGGAGAAGAGUGCGCUAUCAGACGUGGGGACGGAAUCCGUUCACACCGGAGCGAAGUCUGGGGCGACGGAAGCGGAAAGGUGUGGCUCAGAGAUCUGGGCUUCGAUGAUAUUCGUUGAUCCGCCGGAAACGGAAGCUUCGCCGGAAAAGGGCGACCAGACGUGCCGGGAAAUCAUGAAGACGUCGCCGCCAACGGAAGUCGUAGCCAGGUCGGAAACGGGACAGGGAAGGAGUGUUAGAGAGAAUUUUAAUGCAGAAGAGAGGGCGAAGGGGUCUUAUCAAGAAUUAGAAGGGGCUUUGCGAAAGGCAGCGAUCGAGGAAGAUUUGCCUGUGUCUGAGUCGCCCAGCGAAGACGGGAGUGCAGAUUUCUAG